AAAUCUCAAAGCGUUCAAAUACCCGAGCGGCGACCAUGCCAUAAACCCUAAUUCUCAGAUUGAAAAAUCUCUCUCUCGCUCUCUCAAAACUCCCCUUCUGUUUGUGUUUCCGUGGAGCCAAAAAUACAGUGACAAUGUCGAUGUCGAAGAGUUCGAAGAUGCUCCAAUACAUUAACUACAGGAUGCGGGUCACAAUCCAGGACGGCCGCCAGCUGGUGGGCAAGUUCAUGGCCUUCGACCGUCACAUGAACCUCGUCCUCGGUGACUGCGAGGAGUUUCGCAAACUUCCCCCAGCGAAAGGCAAGAAGACCGACAAUGAGGACCGCCGCACCCUCGGCCUUGUCCUCCUCCGUGGAGAAGAGGUAAUUUCAAUGACCGUCGAGGGUCCUCCGCCUCCCGAGGAGUCCCGUGCCAAGGCUGUCAACGCUGCUGCCAUGGCAGGGCCUGGCAUUGGACGCGCUGCCGGCAGAGGGAUUCCUACUGCGCCGCUGAUUCAGGCCCAACCUGGCCUUGCUGGGCCCGUUCGCGGCGUUGGUGGACCAGCUCCGGGUAUGAUGCAGCCUCAGCAGAUGUCACGUCCGCAGCUUUCGGCUCCACCCAUGACGUACCCGGCUGCUCCGGUUAUGCGCCCCCCUGCCCAGAUGCCGCCGCCUCCUUAUCCGGGACAGGGACAGGGGCAGGGUCCUCCGCCUAUGAUGCGUGGCCCUCCACCGCCUGGGCAGUUUGCCCCAAGACCUGGUGGGGUCCCGCCGCAGCCUUUCUCGGUUCCGAUGCCACCGCAGUUCGCGCAGAGGCCGAUGGGGCCACCUCCUCCCGGUCAGAUGAUGAGAGGACCACCGCCACCUCCUCGUCCUGGUAUGCCUCCACCUCCUCCUGGUGGUGCUGUUCCUAUAUAUGGGCCUCCUCGUCCGGGUAUGCCGCCUCCACCAAACCCUCAGAAUCAUCAGCAACAGCAACAAUGAAUUAUUAGGGCUAGUUCUAUCCGAGCUGUGAAGGCUUUCAAUUGGUUCAUCCUUGGCUGCAUCUACAUCCAGUUUCAGUUUGCUAGUGAGUUGGAGUAGGGCAAACCUCUCUCGUCGGUAUUGUCGAGGUUGUCGUUUGAUGUUAGAACAGUCUGGCCUCUGCAUGGAACUAUUAGACUGAUAUUUACGUAUUUUUGUUAGUGCAUGUUGUGAAGUGAAUUUGAAUGCAAGACAAUUUCCUGAUUUGGUACC